GGGAGAAAAUGACCUAAACAAACAACAAAAUCUAACCUUUUUCACGCGCCUAGUAUCAUACAUAUAUUCAAAAUACAAUAGAGCCAAAAACCAUUUCAAUUAACAUUUUUGAGUUGAAUCAAAAUUUGUAGCUAUUCUUCAAAUCAUGCCUUCAGGUCCUAAGAAGAGAAGAGCUGCCAGGAACAAGAAGGAAAAGGAAAACAUCAACAUCAACCUCUCAUCAACCAACAACCCUAUUCAAGGAAAUGAUGAUUUGAAGUCCAAAAAUGAGAAAGGAAGUGAUGGUGGAGAGUAUAAUUCACACACAUCAGCUGCUCGACCAAUUGCUUCUGAAGUCAUGUCUGCGAAGGAAUCAUGUCUUGAGAGUGGGAACCCUGGUGUUAUUUCAAAUGGCGAGUCCCUAGCUGAGAAGAACUCAAAGGAUGAUGAGUUUGUUAAAUCGGAUGAUUCUUCACCUUCCAAUAUGGCUGCGGUCAAAGAGACUGGCAGUAAAUCAGCUGCUGAAGAUUCUACUAAUUCAGUUAAGACCGCGGCUUCUGUGUCUGAGGUAGAAAAGAGCAACACUCGAAGUGUAUUUCUAGAGAAUUCAGUAGCCCCUCUUCAAGAAGUGAUUGAUCUUGCUGGGAGGAUGAAUGAGGAUAGUGUAUAUCCCUCAACAAAUGAGAAUGCGAAAACAUCAAGUUUCGAGGAGCCUAACCCAAAAGAAUCUGAUAUUAAAGUGUUAACUCCAUCAUCUGCUAGUCCAUUAAAUAAAUUUACUAAUGGUGCAGUACAUACUAAGAAUUCUGAGACUCCAAAAUCCUCCAAAAAUCAGCCUUCAGUAAGCUUGACUCCAAAUUUGGUGAAAAAGACUUCAUGGUUGAGUUGCUGUGGAAUGUUUGAAAUUCUGUCAGGUUCAAAUCGAUAAUUUCAGAAAUACAAGCUGAGGAUCUCAACUUAAAUGUCAAAAUGGAAGUUAGGGCGUCAUGAGACACUUUUCACUGAUGCAAGUUUUUAAUUCUUCUACUGAAUUCCUGAAAUCUUGCUUGAGACAACUCAAAAGCGAAAACAAACAAAUUAGACGGACUUUGUUAAAACAUUGUGUUAUUUUGAUGUAGAGUGUCUAGCUUAAGAGUUUCCAAAAUAUAAUGGCCAAUCAGGCCUAAGUAUAUGAUCAUAUAAGGUUUGUUUACAUUACUCUAGGGAAGUUUUUGGAGUUAUUGUGUUGACAACAAUUUAGAGCUCAAUCCUUGAGCAUGUCAAACUACAUUGUUAGUUCUGUGAUUUUAGAUCAAUAUGCCCAUUGAAUUGAAAUACUUGUAUGGCCUAGGAACUUUCAUAAAUAAUUUUCUUAUGCAUAUUCUAGUUACAACUA